UUGGGUUACACUCUGACUCUGUUCACCCUUUUGGCCACAUCCAUCCAGACCAGUGCAAUUCAGGCAUUCACAAUUGACCAGCAAUAAACCAUCCAAUGGAAGACUCUGCUUCUCCUGCUUCUCCGCCUCCGACCAAGAGUCGACGAGAUUUCGGAAAAUUGGAUUACGGAUGCGACCAUUAUCGGAGACGAUGCAAGAUUCGAGCCCCUUGCUGCGACCAGAUUUUCCCCUGCCGCCACUGCCACAACGAAGCCGCGAGCUCCCUCAGCAACCCCAAAGAUCGCCAUGAACUUGUCAGGCAGGAUGUGAAGCAAGUUGUAUGCUCCGUUUGCAAUACAGAGCAACAGGUUGCUCAGCUUUGUUCUAACUGUGGUGUCAACAUGGGAGAAUAUUAUUGCGAUAUUUGCAAGUUCUAUGAUGAUGAUAUCAGCAAGCGGCAGUUUCAUUGCAAUGAGUGCGGGAUUUGUAGAGUCGGUGGUCGUGAUAAAUUCUUUCAUUGUCAGAAGUGUGGUUCUUGCUAUGUAGUGGAACUGCGUGAUAAUCACUUAUGUGUAGAAAACUCCAUGAAGAAUCACUGCCCUGUUUGCUAUGAGUAUCUUUUUGACUCGGUUCAAGGCACAUCAAUUAUGAAGUGUGGACACACAAUGCAUUCAGAAUGCUUCAUUGAGAUGCUAGGACAAAAUCAGUAUCGUUGUCCCAUUUGCUCCAAGACAGUACACGACAUGGAUUCUAUUUGGAGAUUGUUGGAUGCUGAUAUUGAAGCCACUGCCAUGCCCGAGGAAUACCAAUAUGAGGUAUCAAUUCUUUGCAACGAUUGCAACACAACUAGCAACGCUCCCUUUCACAUUUUUGGGCUCAAGUGCCGCAACUGCGAUUCAUAUAACACCCGAAGAAUUUCAGCUGCAGAUCAUCAAUGACUAUUGAUUACAAGUUUUAUUGAAUAUGCAAGGCUACGCCAAUUCACAUUAGACUUUUUUGUCUAUGCUUGGCGUUGUUUUGACUAGAAUAGUCCUCUUCUAUUGUACCUGUGCUUCUUGUACGCCAAGUGUAUGAAAGAAUGCACAGCUGCUGUAAUUGACUAGCUUCCAUUGGUUCAUCCAAUUUAUACCAACUCAUGGACUUAUUGUCCAA